ACAUCACACAGUUCACAACUCACAACACAAGAAUCCAAUUAUUUAAUUGAAGGGCAUUUUCGUCAACUGAGUAAAAACAGCAAUUCACAACAAGACCCUACACACACACACACACCUACAUCCACUAGGUUACAUUUUGCUAAAGACAAAACAGCAUUUGGUCACCUUCCAUAUCCAAUAAACCCUUUUCCCCACUCCUUAAUCUCUCACUCACACUCUCACUUUGCAAUCUAUCCCUCUCUGCAUAAACCACCAUACAAACCAACCAAAAAAAUAAAAAAUCCUUCAUUUAUAAUAAUACCCUUUUAAUUAACUCUCCUUUUACCAUACCCAAAAAAAACUUUGCUUUUUCACUCAAUCAAUACCCAUGUCUUAUCAAGAUUCAUUUUUUUGAAAAAAGAAAAAGAAAAAUGGACACAGAAAAACACCAUCAUUCUUCAAAAACAAACAACAACAGUAGUAGCAGCACAAGUGAACUAUUUGUUUGUUUCACUUCACGUUUAUCUUCUUCAUCCAUGAAACUCUCAUCAAAAUCAAUUUUAAGUCCAAGCCGUAGCAGAGAGCCACCACAGAUAUCACUCUCAUCUUCCCUUAGUAGAAGACUAAGGAGCAAUGGAAGCAUGAAAGGUGGUCAAGCUUCACCAAUGUUCCCAACAAGUGGGGGUGGUGGAAAGAAAAGAGGGUGUGGUUUUGAGAAUCCAGAACCUUCAUCACCAAAAGUUACUUGCAUUGGACAAGUAAGAGUGAAGACAAAGAAACAAGGGAAGAAAAUGAGGUCAAGAUCAAAGAGAAGAGGUGAAGCUAGUUUUAGAAGAGGUGAGAGUCAUCCAGAUCUAACUAGACAGAAUAGCCAAAGUGGUUUUUGUUAUCAGAAUCAACAGUGUUUGAAGCAUAGGAAUCAACAAAGAUGGGUUCAUUUGCCUUUAACAAUAUGUGAGGCCUUGAGAGAAUUUAGUUGCUUUUUUCCUUGUAGGUCUUCUUGUAUGUCAAGUGAGAAGGAUAAAGAGGAAAAGGGUAGUUUAGAAGAGAGAGGAUCUAGUGUUAGACAUGGUAGAGAAGGUUCAUGUGGAGCUGCAUUUGCAAGAUGGUUGGUGAGUUUGCAAGAUGGAGAUGGGAAAGGAAGGGAGAUUGAGGUUAUGAUGGAUGAUGAUGAUGAUGGAAGAGAGAAAGGUGGUGAGAGGAGUUUUAGUCAAAGGAGACAUAUUUUUGAAGACCUUGAUAUUGAUGUGGUUGAUGAGAAGAUUACUACUGAAUUUGGAGUUGAAGAAAAUGAAGAUGAAGAUGAAGAUGAGAAAGGAAGAGUUAGUAUUUGUAUUCCACCAAAGAAUGCUCUUUUGUUGAUGAGGUGUAGAUCUGAUCCUGUUAAAAUGGCUGCUUUGGCUAAUAGGUUUUGGGAAUCACCUCUUCAUAAAGAACAUCAAUUAGACCAGGAACAUCAUCAACAUCAAGACGUAGAACAAGACCACGAGGAUAGUGGAAUUCAAGAGAAUGAACAACAACAAGAACAUGAACAAGAAGAAGAAGUAGAAGAAGAAGAAGAAAGUUUCAAAGAUCAAAACAUUUACAUGGAGCAAGUUGAAGAACUACAACAAUUUGUAGUAGUGGAAGAUAGCAUUUGUGAAAGAGAAACACAAGCUCUUCUUGAAAGCUAUGAAAUUGAAAGCAAAACCAACCAAGAAGAAAUUCAUGAAGACACCAAAGAAGAGGAAGAGAAAGUUAAUGAAGAUGAAGAUGCUAUCGAUGAUGAUAAAGUUGAAACCUUUUCAUGUGUUUUACUUGAUUCACAUCAUGCAGAUCUUGAGAAGCAAGAAAUAGAAGAGACCCACCAAGGAGAAGAUGAAGAAAACAAAGAAAGUUUCGAACUUUCUUCAUAUUCUGAAACGUUGGUAGUUUCUUCAGAAGUAGAAAAGGACGAAGCUCUAAAAGAAGAAGAAUCAGAAACAGCAGAGAAAGUUUCAACGGAAGAAGAAGAAGAGAAAGUGACUGAAGAGAAAGAAUUGGAUCCGACCCAUCACGGAUCCGACCCGGAAAUUAGUCUUCAUGGGUCAACGGAGCGAGAAAAUGGGUCAAAGAAAGAAGAGAGAGAAAGAGAAAGAGAAACGUUACCGGAAUGCUUGUUGUUGAUGAUGUGUGAGCCGAAACUUUCAAUGGAGGUGUCAAAGGAAACAUGGGUAUGUAGCACCGAUUUCGUACGGUGGUUGCCGGAGAGACCCGCCGCCGGGAAAGUCGCCGGAGGGGAGAAGAGGGUCACCGUGAAUUCUUCUUUGAAGCCGAAGGUGAAGGUGAAACCUGUUCAGCCGUUGAUGCAGCCGGCGAGAUCUUCUUGUUCUUUUCCGGUGACCGGAGGUGGCGCCGGCAUGUCGAUGGCGACGAUGAUAGAGCAGAAGUUGGUGGGGUGUUCCAAAUCUCGUAAUGGGUAUGAGCCAUUUGUUCUCACGCGCUGUAAGUCGGAGCCGAUGAGGUCUGCGGCUAAGCUUGCGCCGGAGGCUUGUUUCUGGAACAAUAGGAAGCUUGAGCCGCACCCUCCUCCGACUUCGCUUGGAAUCGGCGCACCGGCUGGUGUUGGGUUUUGAUUUUCAUUUUCCUUUUUAAAUCUUAAUUUCCUUUUUUUAAUUCAUAGAAUAAUUAUUAGCUGUUGUUAUUAAUUGUAGAUUGUUGCUAUUGCUUAACCUUGGUAAGUUUAGGGAUUGAUUAUAGUCAUUUUACUGUUCCUUAUGUAUAAAUAGUUUUUUUUAGUGAUGCAUUGUGUUUUUUAUUUUCAAUUUCA